UCUCACUCCCUAGUCGAUCUCCCCGUCUCCUCCCUCGGCGGCCUCGAGGCUCUCCUCGCGACGCGAGUUCGCCCGCCGCCUGCGCCGAGCAGCGCCCCUAUCUCCAUCCGGCGAGCAGCGGCGCGCCGCCGUCCUGCUGCUUCCGCCGCAGCCUCGCCGCUGCUGAACCCUCAUCAUGUCCCACGUGAGGUCCGCCCCGGCGGGCAAGUCCGGCGGGGGCGGCGGCUCCACGCCGGCGAAGCGCGGGCGCCCCUUCGGAAGCACCACCGGCAGCGGGGCGGCGGCCGCGGCCGCGGCGGCUGCAAUCGGCGACGCGGCGGCGCCGGCCGCGCUGGUUGGGCCGUCCCUCCAAGUCCUCACAGCACUCUCCGAUCAGAACAAUAAAAGAAUUGUUCUUGCAUUGCAAAGUGGGUUGAAGAGUGAGAUACUAUGGGCAUUGAACGCCCUUACAGUACUCUCAUUUAAGGAGAAGGAUGAUCUCCGGCGGGAUACAACACCUCUUGCUAAAGUUCCUGGGCUCUUGGACGCUCUCCUUCAAGUUAUAGAUGACUGGCGAGAUAUUGCAAUGCCUAAGGAUCAUACAAAACCGCCAAGAGUAAGAACAUUGGGUGUCAAUACAACACUCUCCGGCUUUGGUCAUGAGAAUGUUGAAAAAGUCUACUCAGACACCACCACUCCUUCAGAUGACCAAACAAAGACAGCUGACUCUACUGUCACGAAGAAGCGAUCUGCAGGAUUUUUGUUUGAUGAAGAGGGCCUAUUUAAUGUUGAUGACGAAGGACGAACAGAAAAGCAGCAGUGUGCUGUUGCAGCCUCCAAUAUAAUUCGCAAUUUCUCUUUCAUGCCAGAAAAUGAGACUGUUAUGGUUCAACAUAGACACUGCUUGGAGACUGUAUUUCAGUGCUUAGAAGACCAAAACACUGAAGAUGAUGAGCUCAUAACAAACAUGCUUGAGACCCUUGUUAAUCUAGCACCUGUCCUGGACCUGAGAAUCUUCAGCUCAUCAAAGCCAUCAUUUAUUAAAAUAACUGAGAAACGUGCAGUUCAAGCCAUAAUGGGCAUGCUUGCAUCAUCGAUUAGGGUGUGGCAUUGUGCUGCUGCUGAAUUAAUUGGGCGGCUGAUAAUCAAUCCAGACAAUGAACCAUUUCUUCUUCCAGCCAUUCCACAGAUAUACAAGAGACUAGUUGACCUCUUGAGUGUGCCAGCAGUCGAUGCACAGGCAGCUGCUAUUAGUGCGCUGUACAAUGUAGCAGAAGUGAAUAUGGACUUCCGGCUGAAGCUUGCUAGCGAGCGAUGGGCUGUCGAUAGACUCCUUAAGGUCGUGAAGACGCCACAUCCCGUGCCUGAAGUUUGUAGGAAAGCAUCAAUGAUAGUGGAGAGCCUAGUCUCUGAGCCUCAAAACAGGAUGCAUCUCCUUGUCCAUGAGAAUACUUUUGCUGAGAUACUCACGUCGGAAGGGAAAUACUCCGACACAUUUGCAAGGAUUCUAUAUGAGCUGACUGCAAGGCCGAGCAACAAAGUGACAGCAGGGCAAGCUAUCUGGGGGAACAUAAACUGAUGCAUCAUUGUAUUGUUAAAAUCUACUAGAUAAGAUGUACUUUAGUAGCUUAGGUACCUGUUAUGUUGAAAAUGCCUUGGGUUUCUGACUGUAUGUAACAAGCUUUUAGCUGUAUUUAGUUGCAGCCUUGCAAGCUUACAUUUUAACGCCUUGAUCUUCCUUUUCUGAAGUACUACACUUGCUUCCAGAGUUUCAGAGUACUAUCUAUGAUAUUUUUUGUUAGGCUUGGAAUGGCUGGUAUAUAUUGUAGCAUGUUGGUGUUAUGAA